AUGAGUCAUUGCAGCAGCCGCGCCCUGACCCUGCUGAGCAGCGUGUUCGGUGCGUGUGGCCUGCUGCUCGUGGGCAUCGCGGUCAGCACUGAUUACUGGCUGUACAUGGAGGAGGGAACGGUGCUGCCACAGAACCAGACCACGGAGGUCAAGAUGGCCCUGCACGCAGGCCUCUGGCGAGUCUGCUUCUUUGCAGGGUUGAAAAGAGGUGUCUGCGUGAAGAUCAACCAUUUCCCGGAGGACACGGACUACGACCAUGACAGCGCGGAGUAUCUGCUCCAAGCAAACUGCACCUAUUUUAAAUUCUUUACCACGGGGGAAAAUGCACACAUCUUCCAGAGAACUACAAAGAAAGAGCUGAAUCUGGCAGCUGCCGUGAUAGCAGUGGUAGGCUUGGCACUCAUGGCCCUGGGGUGCCUCUGUAUCAUCAUGGUGCUCAGCAAAGGUGCAGAGUUCCUACUCCGAGUCGGAGCCAUCUGCUUUGGCCUCUCAGGCCUGCUGCUCCUGGUCAGCCUGGAGGUCUUCCGGCAUUCUGUCCAAGCCCUGCUGCAAAGAGUCAGCCCUGAGCCUCCCCCAGCCCCAGCCCUGGCCUACGAAUACUCCUGGUCCCUGGGCUGUGGGAUGGGGGCCAGCCUGGUCCUCCUGCUGGCCAGUGGCUGCUUCCUCCUGCUCACCUUGCCUCCGGGGCCCUGGGGCUCACUCUGCCCCAAGCUGGGGCACAGGGCCACCUAG